AUGCUCUCGUAUCGCGCCUGGCAGCGCACGCUGGCGGUGCUGAAGUUCAGCUACAAGGUCCGCCCUUACAUUUUCGCCAGCGACAACAACUGCGCUGGGCAGUGGUGCUUCUUCGAACCCUGUGAGGAAUUCUGCCCAACCGAACUGUGCUUCGACGCACGGAUCGACUGGGUGAUUGAUGGGAAGGAGGUGGUCCCCAUCUACGUAGGCAAUUCGAAGGCUUCCGUGGAUGGCGGGGUGUAUUUGGAGUAUGGCUGCGACCGUGAGCCUCCCGGCACGUGGCCAGAAGCCCUUGAGCGAGCCUUCCAUGUGACCCUGACGGUCGGUUGCUUGGCCAUGCGCAUCGCCAUGGAGCUCUUAUGUGCUGCCGCGGAUGCCAACAUACUGGAGAUCAGCCGAUCUCUAUCCCGGAUCACGAUGGCUGCGGUGAUGGCCACGAUUUCCGCCGAUUGUGACGACUCGUGGACACUGUUCUUUCGGCCAGCGACUCUGUGGCACUUCCUGUCCAUCGCACAUGAUACUGCUGGCAGCAUCUCCACAGUAGACGAAGCUGGAUCAACAGAUCCGGGGGCACCGCAGCGAGCUCGUAGCUGGUUUACCAAUGCCUGGGCAUUGGCGUCGGAACGCAGCUCCCUGAGAUGGGAUGGGCCAGAGCUAGCGGUGUGCCCGGUGCAGCUGGAGCACGGUGCGACACUCUCCUGCCGCGGUCUGGAGCUGUCUGCAGCCAGUCGCCAUGUGCAAGUCCGCCGGGGAUUCUUGCGGUCGUGCAUGAGCGCGCUGAGAUAUGGCUUCGAGUCGAAGCCCGCCGAACUGGGCGUGGACUGCAGCAGCCGAACCCUGGUGAUGCUGCCCCAUGCAGACCUCGUUGGCCACCUGAUCAACGGCGUGCAGUGGUUUAUGCCCCUGGUGAGGGCCAUCUUCCACGAUCAGAGGCGGCCAUCCAAUGUGACAUUGGUGGUGGUGGACCACGGAUGGAUCAGUGAAGGCCUCGGAAAGCCGAAGUUCGCCACCAUGGCCUACGAGUCGCGUGCCAAGCCCGGCUUCUUUGCUACAGCCUCCCCCGAUUUUCCCUGCGAUGUUA